AUGAGUCUCCAGUUUGGGAAUGUCUCUGAGUGUCCCAAUGGAUCCCAGUGGGUGAUGGAUGUGUUCCAUGAGUGUGCCCAGGAUGGCUGGGACAUGGCCAGUGUCAUCCUGGGGUUACUCUCCAUCCUCUGCUUUGCUGCUGCCUCUUUCCCGCAAUUUUACCAAGCCUGCAAAACAGGCAUCAUGGACCAGGCUCUCUCCAUCUAUUUCCUGCUGGGAUGGCUGGGAGGAGAUCUCCUCAACCUCAUCGGCUCCUUCCUGGCUGAGCAGCUGCCCCUGCAGGUUUACACAGCCAUUUACUAUGUGUUGGCAGACCUGGUGAUGCUGUCCCUGUACUGCUACUACACUGUGAAGAACAAGGGCAGAGGAUUCUCUGCCACGAUCAACACAACGUUCAUGUUCCUGUGCCUCUUCGUGGGGACAGUGUCGACCACCUCCCUCGUGGGCCAUGGUGCCACCACACAGGGCCCAGGGACCUUCUCUGGGAGGUCUCUGCUGUCUGUGGAGGAGCUUGGGGCAAAGCCUUUCACCAGGAGUGAGAUCAUUGGCUUCACCGUGGGCUCUGUCUCCUCUGUGCUGUACCUGUGCUCCAGAGUGCCCCAGAUCUACACCAAUUACAAGAGGAAAUCCACCACUGGAGUCUCCUACUCCCUCUUUGCCCUGGUGAUGUUGGGGAAUUUGCUGUAUGGCCUCAGUGUCCUCCUGAAGAACCCUGAGCCAGGGCAAGGGGAAUGGGACUACAUCCUGCACCACCUGCCCUGGCUGGUGGGCAGCCUAGGAGUCCUUUCCCUUGAUGUGGUUAUCUCCUUCCAGUUCCUUGCCUAUCGGAAGGGAACACCCAGCACCCACGAGGAGAGAGAUGCUCUUCUGGGUGAGCAGGACAGCCCAGAGAGCUGA